AUGAGACGAGGGAUCAAAUGUGAUUUAACAGAAGUAUGUUUGAUUGGAAUUACCUUAUUCCUAGAAGGUAUUUCUGCAAAACCUAGAGUAAGACGACAAGCUGCAAAUACUGGACCAGGUAGUCCUUAUAUGCCAGGUAGUCCUUAUAUGCCAGGUAGUCCUUAUAUGCCAGGUAGUCCUUAUAUGCCAGGUAGUCCUUAUAUGCCAGGUAGUCCUUAUAUGCCAGGUAGUCCUUAUAUGCCAGGUAGUCCAUAUAUGCCAGGUUUGACUGGAAUUACUUUAUUCCUAGAAGGUAUUUCUGCAAAACCUAGAGAAAAACGACAAAGAGCUGCAGAAAAUGAACCAGCAUCCCCGGGGCUACCUCAAAUUCCAAAUACUCCUUAUAUGCCUAAUAGUCCUUAUAAUCUUUGUAUAACAAAUAGUCCUUAUAUGCCAGGAAAUCCUUAUAUUCCAGGUAUUCCCUAUAUGCCAGAUAGUCCUUAUAUGCCAGUUAGUCCUUAUAUGCCAGUUAGUCCUUAUAUGCCAGAUACCCCCUAUAUCCCAGGUACUCCUUACAUUCCUUGUAUUUCUUACAUAUCACGUACUCCUUAUAUGCCAGGUGCACCAUAUAUUCCAGGACAACCUCAAAUCCCAGGUUUUUCCUAUAUGCCGAGACAAUCUCAAAUCCCAGGUGAACCUAAUAUACCGGAACAAUCUCAAAUUCCAAGUUAUCCUAAUCUUCCAGUACAACCUCAAAUCCUAGGUAAUCCUAAUAUACCAGUACAAUCUCAAAUCCUAGGUAAUCCUAAUUUACCGGGACAACCUCAAAUCCCAGGUUAUCCUAAUAUACCGCGACAAUAUGAAAUUCCAGGUAAUUUUAUUAUACCGAGACAAUAUCAAAUCCCAGGUUAUCCUAAUAUACCGGGACAACCUCAAAUCCCAGUUAAUCCUAAUAUAUCGGAACAAAUUCCAGGCAAUCCUUAUAUACCGGGACAAUCUCAAAUAAUAGGAAAUCCUAAUAUACAGGGACUUCCUCAAAACGCAGGUAAUCAUAAUAUGCCAGGACAAUUUCAAAUCCCAGGUAAUCCUAAUAAACCGAGACAAUAUCAAAUUCCCGGCAAUUAUAAUAUACUGAAACAACCUCAAAUCCCAGGUAAUCCUACUAUACCGAUUCAUCCUCAAAUUCCCGGUAAUACUAAUAUUCCAGAACAAUCUCAAAUCCCAGGUUAUCCUAAUAUACCAGGACAACCUCAAACCCAAGGUAAUCCUAAUAUACCAGAACAACCUCAAAUCCCUGGUAAUCACAAUAUACCGGGACAAUAUCAAAUCACAGGGUAUCCUAAUAUACCAGGACAACUAAAAAUCCCAAGUAAUUCUAAUAUACCGGGACAAUCUCAAAUCAUAGAUAAUUCUAAUAUACCGGGACAACCUCAAAUCCCAGGUAAUCCUAAUAUACCGGUUCAUCCUCAAAUCCCAGGUAAUACUAAUAUUCCAAAACAAUCUCAAAUCCCACGUAAUCUUAAUAUACCAGGACAACUUCAAAUCCAAGGUAAUCCUAAUAUACCAGGGCAACCUCACAUCCCAGGUAAUUCUAAUAUACCGGAACAAUCUCAAAUACCAGCUAGUCCUAAUAUGCCGGGACAAUCUCAAAUUCCAGGUAAUCCUAAUAUGCCGGGAAAACCUCAAAUACCAGGUCUUCCCAAUUGGCAGGUACAACCUGAAAUUCCAGGUAAUUCUUAUAUACCGGGACAACCACAAUUUCCCGGUAAUCCUUACUUACCGGGACAAUCUCAAAUCCCAGGUCUUCCUUAUAUUCCCGUUCUACUUCCCGGAAUACCACAAAGUCCAGGUACACUUUAUAUUCCAAAUAAAAUCAAUAAGUAA